AUGAGUCUGACAGACCAAGUACAAUCAAUCGACUUCCUCCAAGAUCAAGGGAUCAACGCUGGAGAUAUUUCCAAGUUGAGAUUGGCUGGAAUUUGCUCAAUUGCCUCGGUUUUAUCAACCACAAGGAGAAACCUUGCCAAGAUCAAGGGCUUGAGCGAGGUGAAAGUGGAAAAGAUCAAAGAAGCUGCUGGAAAGAUACAGACUACUGGGUUUGUUUCCGCCAGCGUUGUGGCUGAACUUCGGGAAAAUGUAUUCAAAAUCACCACAGGAUCAAGUCAGUUUGAUGGCAUGUUAGGAGGAGGUGUUACCUCUAUGAGCAUCACUGAGGUCUUUGGAGAAUACAGGUGUGGUAAAACCCAAUUAUGUCACACUUUAUGUGUGGCUGCACAAUUAACCAAGAGUCUUGGUGGUGCAGAAGGUAAAGUGGCAUUCAUUGACACGGAAGGGACCUUUCGUCCAGAAAGAAUCAGGGCCAUUGCUGAGAGAUUUGACGUAGACCCAUUGACAUGUCUCGAAAAUAUUUCCUAUGCCCGUGCAUUAAAUAGCGAGCAUCAAAUAGAGUUGGUUGAGCAAUUAGGUCCUGAAUUGGCGACUGGAUCGUACCGGUUGUUAAUAAUCGACUCCAUAUUGGCUUGUUUUCGAGUUGAUUACUCUGGUCGAGGAGAAUUGAAUGAGAGACAACAGAAAUUGAACCAGCAUUUGGCAUAUUUGACUAGAGUUGCAGAGGAUUAUAAUGUGGCCGUUUUUUUAACCAACCAGGUUCAAAGCGAUCCUGGAGCCAGCUCCUUAUUUGCUGCCGCUGAUGGUAGGAAACCAGUUGGUGGUCAUGUGUUGGCUCAUGCAUCAGCAACGAGGAUCUUGUUGAGAAAAGGUCGCGGUGAUGAAAGAGUCGGGAAAUUAUUGGAUAGUCCAAAUAUGCCUGAAAGCGAAUGUGUUUAUGUCAUUGGCGAAGGAGGUAUCAAAGAUAGCGAUUAA